AUGAUGGGUCCGUUUGUUCCCUGCCUGGAUGCCAGGAGAACGUCAACGUCUGACAUGUCAGCUCUGCGCAUCCUGCAGCUGUCCAUGCUGCUGCUGCUGGUCAACCAGUCCCUGGAUGGGCACCAAGAUGGAACAUUCAGCUCCAGUGUAAAAGUGAGUCCCUCUGUCUCUACAGCCAGUGCCAGAGCAGCCCCUGGGCUCCCAGAGGGCUCCAGCCUGGCACCCACCAGGGUGGUGAUGAACCAGACGCUGGUCACCGAGUUCCUCGUUCUGGGAUUCUCCGAACCUCCUGGGCUGCAAACACUGCUUUUUCUCGCCUUCCUGCUCCUCUACACCGUGGCCCUUUUGGGAAACCUGCUCAUCGUGGUGGUCAUCAGCUCCAGCCCAGCCCUGCACACCCCCAUGUACUUCUUCCUGGUCAACCUGGCCUUGGUGGACAUCCUCUGCACCUCCACCAUCCUGCCCAAGCUGCUGGUGGGCAUGGUGGCCAGCAGGACCAUCUCCUAUGGGGGCUGCAUGGCCCAGCUCUUUUUCUUCACGUGGUCCAUGGGGGCCGAGCUGCUACUCUUCUCUGCCAUGGCCUAUGACCGCUACGUUGCCAUCUGUCGGCCCCUCCACUACAGUGCCCUGAUGGGCCCCCAGGUGUGCCAGCUCUUGGCAGGAGUGGUGUGGACAGUCAGCCUGACCAACACCGGUGUGAACACUGGCCUCUUGUUGCGCCUGCCGUUCUGCCACUCCAAUGUGGUUGAGCACUUCUUCUGUGAAAUCCCGCCUCUGCUGAAGCUCUCCUGUGCCCCGACCCACCUGAACGAGACCAUGGCCUUCACUGCGGAUCUUUUCCUGGCGGUGGGGAACUUUUCCGUGAUCAUGCUCUCCUACGGCUGCAUCGUCGGCAGCAUCCUGCGCAUACGCUCAGCUGCGGGCAAGCAGCGGGCCUUCUCCACCUGCUCCUCCCACCUGCUGGCGGUCACCAUGUACUACUCCACUGUCAUCUACACCUACAUCCGCCCCACGUCCAGCUACUCGCUGGACAAGGACAAGUUGGUGUCGGUGAUCUACACCUCCGUGGCACCCUCCCUGAACCCCCUCAUCUACUCACUGAGAAACACAGAGGUGAAAGUGGCACUCGGGAGGCUGCUCUCCUACCGCUGAGGUCUGUCCUCGUCACCCAGCCUGCCCCCAUCCCCCCAGGGUGGGGCCCAGCACAGUUUUCCCUAAGGUGGGGCGUGUUUGGUCCUGGAAGCCUCUCUUGUUUUCUCUGAGCACACACGUGAAGUACCAUUCAGUGUCCAUGGGACCAGUUCUGACCCUUUAUGCCCUGGGGGCUGGAGUUGCCCCUAAACCUCCAGUUGCCCCUAAAACCUGGGGUUGUGUGUGACUUCUUCCUGACCUGAGAAGCACUAAGUACAUGUGCAGGUGGGCUGAGCCCUUUCUCCAACCCUCCUCCCAGGUUCUCCCCAGGAGGCCAUCUCUGGAUCUUGUGGACAAGCCAGGGUUUGCUCGAGCUCUCCCGCUGUGAGCUCCUUCCAUUGCA